CCGCCGCGCGCCCCCGAGUUCUCUUACAGCGACCCCUAAGAGUCGCGCGGUAAGAAAGCGGCCGCGCCCCCGCCCGCCGCCCGGCAGCCAGCAUGCGUGAGUGCAUCUCUAUCCACGUGGGCCAGGCUGGUGUCCAGAUCGGCAAUGCCUGCUGGGAGCUCUACUGCCUGGAACAUGGGAUCCAGCCUGAUGGCCAGAUGCCCAGUGACAAGACCAUCGGUGGAGGAGAUGACUCCUUCAACACCUUCUUCAGUGAGACAGGCGCUGGCAAACAUGUCCCCCGAGCCGUCUUUGUGGACUUGGAGCCAACGGUCAUAGAUGAAGUGCGCACUGGGACCUACCGCCAGCUCUUCCAUCCUGAGCAGCUCAUCACCGGCAAGGAAGAUGCUGCCAACAACUAUGCUCGUGGGCACUACACCAUUGGGAAAGAAAUCAUCGACCUGGUUCUCGACAGGAUCCGCAAGCUGGCUGACCAGUGCACAGGUCUCCAGGGCUUCCUGGUCUUUCACAGCUUUGGAGGUGGCACUGGUUCUGGGUUCACUUCUCUGCUGAUGGAGCGUCUGUCCGUUGACUAUGGCAAGAAGUCCAAGCUGGAGUUCUCCAUCUACCCCGCACCUCAGGUCUCCACCGCAGUAGUGGAGCCCUACAACUCCAUCCUGACCACCCACACUACCCUAGAGCACUCGGACUGUGCCUUCAUGGUAGACAACGAGGCCAUCUAUGACAUCUGCCGCAGGAACCUGGACAUCGAGCGCCCCACCUACACCAACCUGAACCGCCUUAUUAGCCAGAUCGUGUCCUCCAUCACCGCCUCCCUCCGAUUUGAUGGUGCCCUGAAUGUAGAUCUGACAGAGUUCCAGACCAACUUGGUGCCCUAUCCCCGUAUCCAUUUCCCUCUGGCCACCUAUGCCCCGGUCAUCUCUGCUGAGAAAGCUUACCAUGAGCAGCUUUCUGUAGCAGAGAUCACAAAUGCUUGCUUUGAGCCAGCCAACCAGAUGGUGAAAUGUGACCCUCGCCACGGGAAAUACAUGGCCUGCUGCCUGUUGUACCGUGGGGAUGUGGUUCCCAAAGAUGUCAAUGCUGCUAUUGCCACCAUCAAAACCAAGCGCAGCAUCCAGUUUGUGGACUGGUGCCCAACUGGCUUCAAGGUUGGUAUCAAUUACCAACCUCCCACUGUGGUUCCUGGCGGUGACCUGGCCAAGGUGCAGCGGGCCGUGUGCAUGCUGAGCAACACCACAGCUGUUGCUGAGGCCUGGGCUCGUCUGGACCACAAGUUUGACCUGAUGUAUGCCAAGCGUGCCUUUGUUCACUGGUACGUCGGGGAGGGGAUGGAGGAAGGCGAGUUCUCGGAGGCGCGGGAGGACAUGGCUGCCCUAGAGAAGGAUUACGAAGAGGUUGGUGUGGAUUCUGUUGAAGGGGAGGGUGAAGAGGAAGGGGAGGAAUACUAAAGUAAAUGUCACAACGGUGCUGCUCUUACAGGGAGCUUAAACUAUUCUAAACAUUCAAAAUGUUUGGUCCAAUCAGUUAAUUGGUAUGUAGCAGUGUAUGCCCAAAUGUGUGUGUGUGUGUGUGUUGUCUGGUAACUGAUCUGUGCUUAAAAUCAUGGAAGUUUUUGGUACAGACCCAAACUGUCCACUUCUCCUGUGGGUUUGUGAAUAAAAAAGCAUUCCCUGUCUUAGAG